AUGACUGAAAUGGAGAGCGCCUUAUCCGACGAACAUUUAGAUGGCAGCGAUGCCGAAGGAGAAUCCUUUCCAAAGCAGGAAGCUCCGCCUGUUCUCGAUGAUUUACCCGAGCCCGAAGUCCAAGAAGAAGAAGGGGAUAAUCUAGAACUCCAAAUGAAAGCGUUUAAAGAGGAGGCUAUCGAGUGGGAACGAGCUGCCGUCUUCCUUGCCGAAGCUUUGCAAACACUCAUCGACGAGAAAAAGACAAAAGAUCCGUCUUUGGUUCUCGAAGAAGGAAAGUUGAACACAAUCAACUACAAUUUCGAAGAAGCGGAAGCUCAUUUUGCGCGCAAUCUCUACAUUGUUUCCGGCAAUGAAAACAUCACUCUUCGGGAUGUGGAUAGACCUGUUGGUACACAUGACGACGGCCUUUCCAAUCCAAAGACAGAGGAAUCAGACAACAAGCUCUCAGCACUCGGCUCAGUUGAAGUCCUCCAACAGGAAUUAAUGCUUUCCGAAGAACGAGCACUACGGGCGGAAGAAAAAGUGGAAGAACUUGAGGGAAUUCUACUAGCUAUUCGUCAAAAAGAAACUGAGGAAAAACGAGAAGCCGAAAGAAGUCCGGAGGAGAAGAAAAAACGAGAACAAGAAGAAGCCAAGAAAGUGGAACCUCCGAAAGCGCCUCCCGUUUUGACUGCUCCUAGAAUCGCUAAGCCGACAACAACAGCCUCAGAGCUCGUCGUGCCCACGAGUACUCAAAGGCCCCGAUCGCCAGGAGGAGCCAACUCGCGGCCUAACUCUGCGAAUCCAAAGAAGGGCCAACCAAAAAAACGAACAACGACGAGAAAAUGA